AUGGCGAAAAUGAAUGGCCCAGGAUUUCUGUGUGCAAUAUUUGCCCUCGUUGGCACCGUGGCUGCCCAGCAGUUUCCUCUGCUCCAUACGCCAUAUCAGAACUUCGGGUUGAGUCAGGCUUGCUACGAGGCUAUGAACACCACGGUGGACUGCGUGGACCAGCUUGCAAAUCUCCACCGAUACGAGGCUGUCAGUGUUGAUGUUCUCGGUGUCGGAGACGUCGUGGCCGUCUGCACCCAGAACUGCAAGCAGUCACUCCUUGAUCUGCGCGACAAGAUCAAUGGCGUCUGCCAGGAGAGCGAUCUUCUGACUUGGAAAGGAUCCAAUUACCCUGCAAGCUACAUAGUGGAGCGGUAUUUGUACUUCUACGACGUUUCAUGUUACAAAAACAGGUAA